UCAUGGUUAUGGUUACCAGAGUAUCAGAAUGUUAAUUUUGUGGGUCUCUUUAUUGAUAAAUUUCCAUAUACAUGACGUAACAAGUAAAGACAAAAGCUGGGAACAUGAAGACAAAACGUAUGUUAUUUUUAACUAUCAUGCAGAUUAUUUUCAAACCAUCGAGUUAUGUUCAGAGAGAGGAAUGCGUCCUCUUACUAUUCUGUCCAAAGAUCAAGAAGAUUUUUUAUCAGAAACGUUAGAAAAAGAAGGUUUCCAUGAUGGCACACAAAUUUGGACUUCCGGCAACAAAUUGCUUGAUGACAAACAUUGGAUUUGGCUCGCAGUUCGUCAACCGAUUUUUUAUAUAGGAAAAAUGAAUGAAAAUUUCAGCAAUCGUGAGCUAAAUAAAUGCCUAAGUUUUCAAAAAUCAGCCACAGAAAUCUUAUGGACAUACAGCGACUGCUCAAGAAAAUAUCUUUUCAUUUGUGAAUCAGAUGAUAGACGGUUAAGCAAAUGGAGUGAUAAACUAUUACUUCACCCAAACUUCCCAACAAAUAUUUUUGAACACAGCACUUACUUUAUGGGACUUCACAUAAAAUUGUCUUUCUUUCAUGCUAACAUAUUAUGUAGAACGUUAGGAAUGGCACUUGUAUCUAUUGAAACAGAAGAAGAAAAUGAAUUCAUUAGUCAUAAAAUAAAAAAUAAAGCUCUUUAUAAUAGUUCUUUUUGGAGCGGUGGUAUUUGUUUCGGUGAUAGCAGUGAGUGGUUCUGGCCGCCAUCUAGCGAAAAAGUAAACUAUAAUAAUUGGAUAGAAGGAGAUCCUGAGAAUGCGUUAGGACAGUGCAUCAACUUGCAAUUUACUCCAGAAGAAAAUCUAGUUUGGAGAGCUAGCGAUUGUUCCUCUCAUCAUAAUUUUAUAUGUGAAUAUUCUGAUAAAUCUUAUGAAGAUGAAGAUGAUGAUGAAGAUGAAGAUAGCAAUGAAGAUGAAGAUGAAGAUAGUAAUGAAGAUGAAAAUGAAGGGGAAAAUGAAGAAAAAGAGAAGGAAGUUAAUGCGAAUAAUGAUGAUGAAGAUGAAGGGGAAAAUGAAGGAGAAGAGAAGGACGUUAAUGCAAAUAAUAAUGAUGAUAAUGAUGAUGAUAAGGAUGAUGGGGAUGAUGAUGAUGAAAAAGAAGAAGAAAAAGAAGAAGAAAAAGAAGCAGAAUCGUUACUUUGUGAAGGACAAGAAUGUAAUGCUCAUCGGAGUUCUUUUCAAGCUACAAAUUAUUACAUUGGAUAUAUAAAGGUCGACUUUAUCCAAGCUUUUCUUAUUUGUGAUGAGAUGGGCAUGCAACUGGCCACCAUUCAAUCAAAUGAAAUCAAUGAUUUCUUGACGGACACUAUAAUAAAGACAAUGGGUUCAAAUUAUUCAAACCCCCUCUGGUUAUCUGGUACUAUGUUAGUUGAUAAUAGUCACUGGAUUUGGCUAUCAACUGCCCAGCCAGUUUUACUCUAUGAUUGGAUCAACCAAAAUAUAAAUCAUUCCGAAGAUAAAGCGUGUCUUACUGUGAAAAUAGUGGACUCAUCCUUGGAAUGGAUAAAUAAUAAUUGUAACGAGGAACUUGAUUUCAUCUGCCAGUCUCCAAAUCCACCAAAAGACUGGAAUAGUUAUGCAGUUGCUCCUAAUUUUGGCAAUUAUUUUACUCACCAAAAUAAAUCGUACUAUUUAGGACGUACCACUCUAACAUAUUUUCAAGCAACUACAUUUUGUAAAAGCCUAGGCCUGAAACUGGUAUCUAUUGAUUCAGAAGAAGAAAAUAAUUAUCUGUAUGAGAAAAUAAGAAGUGCAGUCGCUGGUAUGUCAUUUUGGACAGACGGUAUCAGCUUGGGUCCAUACGGAUGGUUCUGGAUAGCACAUGAAAGAAAAAUAAACUAUACUAAUUGGGCUUCGAGUGCCCCAAACAAUAAGGCAAACCUCUGUAUCCAAUUAUACUUUGUUUUAAAUAAAGGUCUGUUCUGGAACAGCGUCGACUGCUACUCUAAGUCAAAUUUUGUUUGCGAAUUUAGUGAUUAUGGAAAGAAUCAAGAAAAAGAUAUUGAAGAAGAAAUGGAAGAUAGCAGUGAGGAAAUAACAAAUAUUUAUAUUGAGGAUAUUGAGUAUACUACUGAAGGUAAUCUUGAUAGUAGUAGUGACAGUGGUACUGACAGUAAUAUCAAAAGUAGUAGCGAAAGUAAUACCAAGAGUACCAAUGAGAAUAAUGAUGAAUUUAAUAUUGAGGAAUUUAAACCAACAAGUAAUAACGAAAAUGGUAAUUGUAGUCGCAGGGGAGACCAUCCGAAAAUACGAAAACUCAGAGGAAACUUAACCAUGACUAUUUUUUUUGACGCUGAUAUGGAAACAUAACAUUUUUCAUAAAUUAUAUUGUCAUUUUUUAUUUAUCCAAUUGCUAAUGUAAUAUUAUUUUAAAACAAACAGAUAAAUACAUCAUUUUUUUAAAAUAAG